GUUGAUUCAUAGACUUUUAGUCUGAAGAGGCCUCAGAAGUCACAUAUACCUAGUAGAUAUGCAUGGCUGUGACACUUGACCCUAAUUUUCUCGAUGCAUACAUCAACCUGGGAAAUGUUCUAAAGGAGGCCCGUAUAUUUGACAGAGCUGUAGCAGCCUACCUUCGAGCCCUGAGCCUGAGCCCUAAUCAUGCAGUGGUACAUGGCAACUUGGCAUGUGUAUACUAUGAACAAGGCCUCAUAGACCUUGCCAUAGACACCUACAGGCGUGCUAUUGAGCUACAACCGCACUUCCCCGACGCUUACUGCAACCUAGCCAACGCUUUGAAAGAGAAGGGCAGUGUUGCCGAGGCAGAGGAUUGUUAUAAUACAGCUCUCCGUCUUUGUCCCACCCAUGCAGACUCUCUAAAUAACUUGGCCAACAUUAAACGAGAACAGGGGAACAUCGAAGAAGCAGUUCGCCUAUAUCGAAAAGCACUUGAA